GGCGUUUUCGGAAGCCGGUGACGGAGAUGUCCUUCCCGUGAGCCGCCAGCCCCCUUCAGAGGCGUGCUGUGUUCUCUUUUAGCGUUGAGUGCCUUGCGUGUUGCCGGGCUGCGUCCAUCUCGCGGGCCGUGGAGGAGAUCUCUGUCGGUGAGUGAGCAGCCAUGAGCAACGGACCAGAAGGCAUCCACGGGCAGCCCUGAUCCAUGUCAUUUCGUGGUGUCUUUGAUUCUGCAGAUGUGAGCUGUGAGAUCUGCGUCGGAAGCAGGGUGGCAGCGGACCAUUCAGCACCGAAGCGAAGGGCCGCCGAGCACUGACCAGGUCAGAUGGCUAAAGCGGAGCGGGCACGGGCCAUUCUACACAUUGUGUGUAUGGAUGUUGUUUCUCGCAGCUGUGAGGCGAUGGAGUCGGCGGGCAGCACAGCAUAGACCACAGCUGGCCAUCCAUCGCCCCAAGCAGUGCUGGCCAAAGUGGGCAAGCUCUGCGAUGCCAUCCACACCAAAGAGGCGUACGACGAGGCCGUCCAGCAGCGCGGGCUGGAUCCCGUCGAGGCCGAGAUCACCGCCGUCAUGGCCGACAUUUGCCAGCUGCUAGCAUCGGCAAGUGGUCCGCAGGUUCGGGUGUCGAAGCUCCUCCGACCGUUGUCCACCAAGCACAUGUGCGACAUCGUGGGGCAGAAAGCCGUAGAUGCCGGUGUGGUGCCUGCCUUGGUAGGGCAGCUGAGUGAGUGCGAGGAGAUGCAGAUACCAGCAACAUUAGUUCUGGCCCUAAGCAUGCUGGCGGCUGAUCAUGCUGCGGCGGUGGUGGAUGCGGGUGCGGUCCCGCCCCUGGUGCAGCUCGUGUCGUCAGGCACCGACCGUGUGCGCCUGGCGGCGAUUGCGGCGCUGCGCAUGAUCAUGGAGGGAUCGGUGGACCGUCGCGAUGCCGUGGUGGCGGCGGGCGUCCUGCAGCCCCUGCUGCCGGUGACGCGCGAGAGCAGCGACACCGAUGUGCUGACCUGGAGUGCCCGCCUGGUGUACGACCUUUGGAGUGUCGCCGAGAACGAGCCUCUCCCCAUCCCUCUGGCCGAGUUGGCCCCCUUCGUGCCCGUGCUGGUCGGUCUCAUCGCCGCGCCUGAGCAGGACGACCGUGUGCUGCAGUCCGCACGAGGAGCCUUGGCGCAAUACAGUGUGUGUGUUGAGGAAGACGGUCAGUAUGCCUAAGUGCCUGAGAGAUCGUUGAGGUGCAGUGCAUGGUCCGCUUGUCCUAUAUGCUCAGGUACCGAUGCCGAUCGAGAUGCUCUUGUGGAGCAUGGCGCCGUGGCGUCGAUGGGGACACUUCUGGCCGACAAACACGCGAAAUCCAUCGGGUACAUGAUAGUGCACUGCAUGACUACGGGUAAGACAGACACACUGAAUGAUUCACACACACUCACUGAUUGCAAGAACGUCACGUGAGUGUGUAUCAAUUAAUUACAGGCACCACUGCACACAAACAGGCCGUCAUCGAUGCUGAUUUGGUGCCUCUGCUGGUCGACCUGGCGGCUGGCGAGAAGACUGAUCCCAACCUGAAGAAGAUAGCAGAGAAGAUCAUCGGAAAUAUAGUCCGAGGAGGUUCGCAGCGACAGGUGCCUACGCUGACCGCUGAACAGCCCCACACUCACGGGCCUGUCUGUGUGUGUGUUCAUUCCUCGUUCAAUCAUUCAGGUUGAGCAUGUGGUCGAGUGCGGCGGCAUCCAGCCCAUCAGUGGCCUGCUCGACGGCGAGAAUGACAAUCGACUUACAGCCAUGCUCUGGUUGCUGGACAAGAUACUAAGGUAGGUCAACAAGCUGCCGCCUCUGUGAUACCCGACGUGUGCUGCCUUUGUGUGUGCAGAGCGGGUCGUCAGAAGCAGGCCACGAGGGCCUCCCCGACAACCCCUACUCCACUCUAGUGGACCAGGUGAGCGAGCAAGAGAGAGAAUGACGGGAAAUAACCACCAUUUACACAGCUGUCCUCUAUUACGUUUCACGCAGGCGGGCGGUGUGGACAAGGUAGUCGAGCUGCAGACAUACAAUGACAUGGGAGUCGCACUACAGGUAGCCCCACGUGUAGCAGGAAUACCCACUGUCAGUGUGCCCUUCAUUCAUUCAGGCGAUCGUGUGUCUCAUAAGCCACUUCCCUACUCGCGUCGACGCACAGCGAUUGGAGGCCUUGAUUGAGGCGGGUGUGAUCCGGGUGGUGCAGGCCGACGAGGUGGAGACGAAUGUGGGGGCGGAUGAUGAUAUCGGUAGCGAUGGAGACAGCGAUGGCGGUGGAGAGGGGGACGGCCAGCUGGAGGGUGAUAGUCGGGGGGAGAGGGAGGAGGGGUAGACAAGACACACACAUUUAUGAGAGGCUGCAUGUCUGCCUUUAUGACGGGUUUUCACGUCCAUAUUGUUUUCCCUCAGGCGAGGUGGCUGGCGUGCUGCAGUAGAAUAGCUAGCUGGGUGGGGGUGGGUGGCUUAGCGGUGAGUGGGCGAUUGAGUUGACGUUUCGGACCGACACACUUGAAGCUUACGUGUCUCCACACAUACACACACAUACAUCGACACAAUUGUGUGUGACGUCCAUUCCAUAAGUGCAC